AUGCAGCUCACCACACUCACAUCCCUCGUCCUUGCCUCCAUGGCUAUUCCCCAGAUUGGCGCUCUCCCUGCCGUCCAAGAGAAUACCCUCAUCCCUCUAUCCGAUAGUCUUAAAGCCACGCACCCAGAGGCAUACGCGGCAUUUCUGACUGCCCCUUUCAUAAACCUCGAGGCGACUAACGAGAAGCGUCAAGAGGUCCCUGUAGACGGACAACCGAACAGCACACGCCCUAUUACCACGCCAAAGAACAUCUUUGUUCUUCAAUGCUCUGACGCCGGAUUUCAAGGGGAAUGCCUUUCCUGGGGAGCCCCCCCUGGCAAAUGCGUUGACACUAACAACAAUAAAAAAGUGAGCUACUCUAGCUACAACAAAACACAGGCAUUCCUCGACAAGUAUGAUAAUCAAACUAGCUCUUUGAGCACCAACACUGGUGGAUUGUGUCAGUUCUACAAGUUCCCCGGUUGUAACAAUAAGGGAGAUGACCGUGGUGUGACUCUCUCUUACAACUAUAAUCUGGGUGAGGCGACUGACGACUACUCGGGAGAUUAUGACAACCAGAUCAGCUCUUGGAGGUGCUGA